CAAUUUCGGCCCUGUCCCAAAUGGCACCCUAAACACUCGUGGUUUUCCUACGAGUCCGCACUUUCGUGACGUAGCGCCGCUUUGACUGUCGGGAAGCACCCUUCUGAGACCUAAAAUUGACAAAUGGGAACCUCUACGGUCUCGUAGACUAUACGGACACGCGCACGCGACAGCCAUUGUAAGUCAACAAGACCGAAAGUGCAUGAAGUGUGCCAUUUGGGACAGAGCCUUCGUCAUGUUGAUCUUCCAGAAGCUCUUCAGUGUUGGCAAUCUCAUCAGACACCUCUGCACCAGAAAACAGCUGCCCAUCCUCACACUCUUUACAAAGGACCCGUGCCCUUUGUGUGAUGAAGCAAAAGAAGAACUUGAGCCGUAUAAACAUAGGUUUGAGCUGCUGGAGGUUGAUAUCACCCUUCCGGAGAAUAGAGUCUGGUUUGACAGAUACAGAUAUGACAUCCCCGUCUUUCAUUUAAAUGGACAGUUUUUGAUGAUGCAUCGUGUGAACUCAACGCUCCUUGAAAGGCGCCUAGAUAAAACCACUGCAACUGAACAAUAAUAUCUGGAGAUGUUAUGCAAUGUUUUCUCUUAAUUUCAAAUAAAGUUUUUCGACAUUA